AUGGCGAGGUGGGUGCAGGUCGUUAUACUCGUGUGCGUUUGUAAUUUGUGGGGUGUUCAUUGCUGGCAUGAUCUGGACAACACAGAGUAUGACUGCUGGCCAAGCAACAAUCCAAAUGAUUUCAACAUGAUCAGCUGCGGUGGUCUGGAGAUGGCUUGGGUGCAGCGCCCUCCAGAGAAAGUCACAAAUGGCGAGGAAUUCAAUGUUUCGUACACAGUCACAGCCGCAGAUUCCUUCUAUGACUACGCUGUCCGCAACAGGAUUUUCCAGUUCAGUGACGCUGCGGAGGCGAAGAGGUUCUGUCACGAGCACGACUGUCCUUCCAACUGGAACAAUGCCAAUGAAAUCAAUUGUUGCGUGCACCACGCCAACAUCCACUCGUGUCCUUUGGGCCUCAUGAAACAAGGCGGCAUCUGUGGCCCAUGGAUUCCCGAUGAUGGCAAAAUAGUGACUCAUACGGUGUCCAAAGCAGGCAAGAUGAGCCAGAAAUACUGGACGUCAAAGGUGGUGCUGAUCCAUGUGGGUGUCACUUCAGUCAUUGCUCAUAUCAAAAUAGGACAAAUGCACGCAGCACUGGAAUCUAAAGUGCUUGUUGUCAGUGCUCAAGUGUGUGGCGAUGACGUCUGUGAGGUGGAGGAGAACUGUCUCAACUGUCCUGCAGACUGCGGCAUCUGCCCCAUGUCCAUGGCCAUCAAGGUGUCCAUUGGCCUCCCGGUCGCACUUUUCAGCGCCGGAUUCAUCUUGACCAUGGUGUGGCUUCAGUACCAGAAACAGAAGAUGUUUUGGGAUGAAAGCUGGAUCAUUGACUAUAAGAGUAUAAUAUUCGGCAGGGUGUGCGGUACAGACUUUGGCAGUACAAACAGCCCCCAGCAUGGGAAAAGCACUUCAAAUGUCAGUCAAUUGACUGACAUAACCAUGUGCACCGGCGUCAACACCUUCUUCAAGCAGGGCUUCAUCCAGCCUGGCAUCUAUGAUGGCAGAACAGUUGCAGUCAAACACAUCCAGAAGAAGCACUUUGCUCUCUCUAAAAGUAUCAGGAAGGAGGUGAAAGAGGUCAGAGAACUGGACCAUCCAAAUCUUUGCAAGUUCAUUGGGGGUUCCAUUGAGGUGCUGUAUGUGGGCAUCAUCACAGAACACUGCCCCAAAGGAAGCCUGUCUGAUGUCUUACUCAAUGAUGAGAUCCCAAUCAACUGGGGCUUUAGACUGUCCUUUGCCACUGACGUUGCCCGUGGGAUGUCCUAUCUGCACCAACACAAGAUCUUUCAUGGUAGACUUCACUCCAGGAACUGUGUUAUUGAUGAUCGUUGGGUUUGCAAGAUCUCAGAGGUCCUCCUGGGAAGUAGCUCGACUAUGACACCAGGAGCAGACGUCUACAGCUACGCCAUGAUCCUGGUUGAGAUAGCCACUCGCUCUGACCUCAUCUCAGCGGAGGGAGUGAGGAUGGACAUCAUAUGGCGCCCUCCUCUUCCCGAGCUCAAAGCAGAAAAAAGCGACGUGGACUGCCCCAGUCAAGAAGACUACUGUGAGCUUAUCAAGAAGUGUUGGUCUCACAACCUCACCACGAGGCCCACAUUUGAGCAGGUCAAGAAGAUGCUGGACAAGAUGAACCCACAUAAAGUCAGCCCCGUGGACAUGAUGAUGAACCUGAUGGAGAAGUAUAGCAAACAUCUGGAAGCCAUAGUUGCUGAGAGAACACAGGACCUUCUACAAGAGAAACAGAAGACCGAUCGCUUGUUAUACAGCAUGUUACCGAAGCCGGUUGCCGAUGACCUUCGCCAAGGCAGAACCACAGAGGCUCAGAGCUUCUCCAACGCUACUGUCUACUUCAGUGACAUUGUGGGUUUCACUCAGCUGUCGGGGGCGAGCACGCCCCAUCAGGUUGUGGACUUCCUCAACCAGCUCUAUACCACCUUUGACGACAUCAUUGACAAUUAUGACGUCUACAAAGUAGAGACCAUUGGAGACGCUUACAUGGUGGUCUCAGGGGUCCCACAAGAAAAUGGCAUAAAUCACGCUGGGGAGAUCGCCAGCAUGGCCUUGGAUCUGGUCAAUGUUUGCCACGCGUUCAAGAUCCCCCACAAGCCCAACACACAGCUGAAGAUUCGUGCAGGCAUCCACUCGGGACCUGUCGUUGCUGGUGUCGUUGGGACCAAAAUGCCUCGUUACUGCUUAUUUGGAGACACGGUCAACACGGCGUCACGGAUGGAAUCAACGAGUGAAGCAUUGAAGAUCCAAGUGAGUGGGGCCACAGCUGACCUGCUUCACAUGUUGAGAGGAUACAUUCUAACCUGCAGAGGGACACUCAAUGUAAAGGGCAAAGGUGAGAUGAAAACAUGGUGGCUCGAAGCCAAGCGAAACGAGCGCACGGAUCCGCUGCUCAGCACGUCAGAGUCCACAGGAGGUCCCGUGCCAGUUAGUGACUGA